UGCAGGUCAUCAGAUCAUUCACUGCACCAUACUCUGCUUGUCGGCAAGGGAAGAAUCUGGAAUUCCGAACCGGACGGAUAUUGCAUUGACAUAUCGUGAAACAGGGCGUGAUAGAAUUUGUUCAUUGUCCUGCUCUCGGGAUGUCCACCACUUCUCCAUUUAACCCUUGGAAAACCUACUACGAGAGCCCAGAGGAGCAGGCAGCCAUCAAAGAGAGAGCGAAAUUUAGAGAGGCUAUGAAGGCGGAAUACAGAAAGCAACUUACCAAUCCAUUUAAACCACGGAUUGGAAUGUUGCAUGACCCAGCUAUGCAGCGCUGGUUCUCAGCCCGAGUCACGCAUUCGGAAUACCUUCAACCGACACCGAAACUUGGACUGAUGUUUGGCACUAUUGUUGUGGUCGCUGGCCUGCUUUGUGCGCUCCUUGGACACAAAAGACCAAAAAUUCUGCGCCAAAUCGAAAAUGGAGAAUUGAGCUAUAGAGAACGGGUGCUGAAUCCAUUCGGAAAAUAAAACCGCAACUCUCCAAAACCGUUGUUCCUGAGUCCCGGUAUCUUAGAAUCACUCUCACUAGGAAUAUAAAUUCCAUACUUUGUUU